AUGUCUGCCACCGAUUCUACAUUUCGAGUCGAAUAUGCUAAAUCGGAUCGAUCAAAAUGCAAAAGUUGUUGGUCGUCAAUCGAUACAGAUUCAUUUCGAUUUACAUUUAUGACAUACUCAUCAAAAUUUGACGCCAAAGAAGAUCAAGAUAAAAUUCGUCAUCGUAUUCAAGAAAACGCUACAGCACUGUCGAGUGGAAAUGAUGUAAAUGAUACAUUUUCUGUUCAAUAUGCUAAAUCAAAUCGAAGUACAUGUCAUAGUUGUGAUAAAUCGAUUGAUAAAGAUACAUUGCGUUUAUUAAGAACAAAUUAUACAAGUAAACGAGCACGAAGUUAUGGACCAACUGAUGAAUGGUAUCAUUUAAUUGAUACUGUAACUGAUUGUAUGACAUUUGGUGCACUUGAACCAUGUCCAGAAUGUGGUGGUCUUCUUAUUUUCAAACCUGAUUAUGAUUCUAAAUCACCUCUUAAUGGCUAUUCUAUUGCAUUAGUCGGUCGUGAUACUGUUGUUACGACUAUUGAUAAAACAGUCGAUGUAAUCAUUAGUACACAAGAUGAAGUACAAAAAGGGAAUAAAAAAAUUCAAGAUGCACAAUAUUUCGAAAUUCAUAUCGUUCCUGAACAAUUUCUCGAUGAUAUUCUUAAUGAUCGAUCAUCGGUUGUGAUGGAAAAAUUAAAAUUAUCAACUUGUGGUAAAUUACCACAUAUUCGAAAACAACAAAACAAAAAUUUCCGACUACAUUUAAAUCUAUGGGAUGGUAUUGCAGUCGAUCCUGAUUCUGGACUCGAAGAAACAUGUCAUGUAUUGAAAGAUAAUGAAACUGGUGAUAUUUUUGCGACAGUACUCGGCAUGAUUGAUAUAACCCGUGAUACUAAUUCAUAUUACAAAAUUCAAUUACUCGAAAAUAAUAAUGACAAAAAUGAAAUUGAUUAUAAGCAACAUAGUAAUGAUGAUGAUGAUAUACAAAAAGCAUUAAAUAAUUCUAAUGCAAAAAAUUGUUCUCAUCUUCCAUCACCUGUACAAGAUCUUAUUCGUUUGAUUUUUAAUAUUGAAACAAUGAAAGAAACAUUACUUGCAUUUGAAAUUGAUCUGACAAAAAUGCCAUUAGGUAAAUUUAAUCGAUUUUAUACACUUGUUCCUCAUGAUUUUGGUCUUAAAAAACUAAAAAUUCUUGAUAAUAUUGAAUUAAUUCAAUCAAAAACACAAAUGAUUAAUAAUUUGCUUGAAACAGAAAUAGCCUAUUCAUUGUUAAAAGGAUCUACAGAUAAAGAAAAUGAACAUCCGAUUGAUGUUCAUUAUAAAAAAAAUUAA